CAGAUGGUGCACAGCGCUCGAGCCGUCAAGCCUCGGGGAGCACUGGCGGCGCCGCGCCACCGUCGGCGGCCGCGCCCCGGAGCUCUGCGGGUGUCAAAGGCAAAAGCGGCGGUCCGGCUCCCGCCGGCGCCCCAGUGCUGAAAGGUGGCGGCGGCGGAAAGCCGGCAGCCGCGCCGCCCGCACCGGGGAAGGGCACCACCGGCUCAGUUUCCAGUAAAUCCGCGCAACAACCAAGAGAUACGAGCGCGGUGCCCAGUUUUGAGUAUGACGAAGGUACCGACUGCUUCACAUUUGCGACGCCGACUGCCAAAACGAAUGCGCACACCGUGGCCCAGGAGGGCGACACCACCGUAGUUCCGCUUGCGCCCUGUGUCUACCGCCUUUGCGACUACACGCUGGCGAAGGGCGAACCCAUCCAGCGCCACCGCGCCGUCCUCAAACUCGGCGUCUUGCGCGCCUUCCAACGCGAGUGCCAGAACUUCAACAAGGCCCGGAAAAACAUCGAAGAGGAGGAAACCAAGCCGCACCGCUUUGCCGAGUUUCUGACCAGCUGCGGCCUGAAAGUCACCUCCCGGCCCGUGCAGGUCCGGGAUCUGGCCGCCUUCCUCGUGAGGGUCGAAAACGCGACGCCCAGCAUCCCGGAACAAGUCACGGAAAUUCGCGCAAGCCAGACCUGCAACUUCUUUCCGGGCAUGCAGGAGGUGUUCCGCCCCGGCACGAAGGUCGUGACUUACCCCGAGAACCUGCAGGGUGCGGCUCUGGGCGCGACGGUGGUGCAAUCCUCCUACACCGAGGAGAUUUCGCGGGCCAGCGGCAAGACGCGCCGAACCUUCGUGCUGAUGCUCGAAUUCAUCGUGUCCGUGGGAGACACGCUCGCGUUCGUGGGCAUCAGCGAGCCCUACUCCGAGUUCGAGGGGAGUCAGCCGCUGAAGGCCUUCCGCCACCGCCCCCUCGCAACGUCGGCGCAGCCAAAUGUGGAAGAGGCGCGGAUGCUCCAGGCAUUGAUUGUCCGCGGCAUGCUGUACGCGGAGAUCGCGACGGGUUACCAUUACCUGCAGUACGGACCCGACACGUUCUUUCCGGUGCCCGUCACCAUGAGCAGCAGUGCGGGGAGCGGUGGUCGCGCUACCCGCCCACUGCAGGCCACGGGGAGGAUCAUGGUGGACAACACGCGAGCCGGGCUCGAGGGGCACAAUCCGACGCGCGGAGCGGACGGUGCCAGCGUCUCGGUCCGUGAAGCCCUGCGCGUGUACGAGCAGGCCAAGCGCACGGGCGGCGCGCUGCCCGUAACGACUUUCACCAUCAACGACGAAGAUUUUCACCACGACCAGCUGUUCGCCUGCUGGCCCAUGGUGCUGGGGUUUUCGUUUUCGGCACGAUGCUGGGGGAAGCUGGUGCUGGUACUGGAGAACACCCGCCCGAUCAAGUUUCAGAAGCACGCGUUCGAGCAGCUGGUGCUCCCGGCGGAAAAGAAGGAGCUGAUUCGUGCCUGUGCACGCUACGCGGGAAAGGCGGACGAAGACGGUGAAGUCGACGUGAUCGCGAACAAAGGGGGAGCCAGCAUUUUCCUCCUCUACGGGCCACCGGGCUGUGGAAAGACCCUGACCGCGGAGGCCAUUGCCGAAAUGCUGAGUAAGCCACUCUACACGGUCACAGCUGGAGACCUCGGCAUCACCGCCGCGGAAGUCGAGAAGACACUAUCACAGGUGCCCCUGUAGCUAGACUUCUGUGCGUAGUAAACUGCGUCCGUUACGACCUACUAUACCGGUAGCUCACUCUGGUCACGUCUUCAAUGCGCCGUACAAUACAUAGUCUGCUAGAAAUGAACAUCAAGGUGGUGAAGUUCAAAUUCUAGUACUUGUGAUGAUUUAUCCUACGGGGGCGCCUUGUUGUUGGUUUUUAUUGGCAUCGACGUCCACCUAGUCCUAGAGGAGCGUCGCGCGAUCUACCUCCUGGAUGAUCGAGAUGAAGAGGAUGUACGUACUAGCCGAAAUGUGAUUUUCCUGUAUUACGACACGAAUCGUGCCAUCACGUACAGGUUCUGCAGAUGUGCGCCGAGUGGAAUGCCUUGGUGCUGAUUGACGAGGCAGAUAUUUUCAUCGAGGCCCGAACCAGCCAGGAAUUGCAGCGAAACGCGAUCGUGUGUGUCAUGUUGCGUCUCCUGGAGUACUACAGUGGGGGGUUGUUCCUGACCACCAAUCGAGUCGGAAACAUCGAUCCCGCGGUUUCUUCGCGCAUCACCGUGAUGCUUGGCUACGAGGCACUAGACUUCGACGGGCGGGCGAAGGUGUGGCGAAACCUGUUGCUCAACUCUAAAUCGAAGCACGUGCAAAAAAUCUUGAAGACGGAAGAUUUGUUGUCGCAGCUGGCAAAUUACGUGCUCAACGGGCGGCAGAUCAAGAAUUCGAUUCUUCUGGCACGGGCGCUCGCGAAGGAGCGGGGCGAAGAGCUGUCCAUGCAACUGCUGGAGAGAGCAGUGCUGGCUGUGGCGGGCGAGCGAUCCGCGGCAGAACAGCGCCACCGUCUUUCGUCCAUAUCUUCUGAUCACCCGCACAAUUUCAGCCCGACCCCCUCCGGUGCUGCAUUCCGGGGAUCGGUGCUUGCCUCGCCGGUUGAUCGCAGCUUUGUCCCGCAUUGAAAAAGAAAAGAACGCAUUCGAAGAAGUGAUGCAGAGGCAGCUACCGUGAAUCACGCACGACGUAGAUCAUAACAGCACGAGAUCGAGAACUACUGGAAAUAGUAGACCCUGGCACGACAGGCAGUACCAAGAAUCUUCACUGCUGCAUAACUGCCAACACGAUCACGCAGUUGCAGAACAUGCUCGAUAGAUUAGAUUGAGAAUUUGACUUCAACUCUUUCUGCCCGUCUGUGUGUUGUGUCUGAACCUGUGGUCGUACCACAAUGAAUUUCGCAGGUCGGGCGGCAGUGGCACUCAAGUGGGAGUGUUGAGGUUCGUAGAAUCGUUUUGUACGGCUGUAGUUGUUGAGGUUCCUAGAUGAAGCAAGUUCGUAACAUCGCAAAUGUCAUCGAGCCUGGCAGGGGCAGCCAGGAGAUGAGGAACUUCGCGAGGAGCGCGAGUCGUCAUAAUAUCAUCAUGAAAAGUACAACCGUGACCGUCUACACAUCAUCCAGCACCGGAGCAUGUUGAUGUAGGAGCAUCAUUUUGCUCAUUUGUCGAGAACCACUUAGAGUUGCGCGCUGGAUGCUUCACAACACCCGGCGCUGCGGUGCGUAUUCAUCGCAUCGGAGUUGGACGAACAAUUGAUGUCCUAGGACUGUGAUCCACAGAACUAAAGCGCUGCGAAGUAAGUAUAGUGUUUUGUUUCGAGUGUGGAACAAGAUGACGAUGUUGACGAUACAACAUGGGGUCCUCUCGUCUAGCUGCGUAGUGCUUCUCGCUGCACUCCGGCUACUGAUUUUCGAGUCUGCCGUCUAUUUCCAGUUCGCAUGGAGAAGCCAAAAAAAACUACACCGGAGAAGCCUCCUACUCAGUUGUUACCAUAUCGAUAAGUUGGACCAAGGCGCUGCCGACGAAGGUGGGCGUAUGGUUCUUGAUCUCUCAGUAAGUUUUUCCGACACUAUUUAAAGAUUGAACGUGUGUAGUUUGUGCAAAUAAAUUGUGAACGAAAUACUUCAGCAGAUUUAGAAGCUUUCAGAUCCUUCAGCGCGCUGCGUUUAGGCUUCACCUUCCCGAUCUAGUAACUCUUGGGAUCCUCCAAACGUUCAGGCUGACGAG